AUGCGUAUCCUCGCCGACACACAAAACGCGCUCGCCGCGUUCCGCGCGGGCCUGACCCCCCCCGUCCUCGCGUUUCUCGCCGCGACGUGGGUCCUCGCCGCCUUAAACCCGACCCCGGAGUCCUGGGCCGCGACGUGCGCGUCGAGAGGUUUAAUCUCUCGCGGCUUCCUCGAUAUCCUCUCCCUGCGCACGUCCUCCAGCGUGUGCAGCAACGGCGGCCUCUCCCGCGCGUUCUUCCUCCGCCAGGGCGCGUACACGCACCACGACCUGCUGAUCGCGUCCGUCGUGGAGACGUCGCGAGACCCGCGCGCGCGGUACCUCGGCGUCGUGGGCCUUUGGAUAAAGUUCCCGUUCGGCUUAGGGUGGCUCGCGGGGCUCUUCGUGAACGUCUACCGCGUCCACGCGUUCGUGACGAAGCUGCUGUGCGUCGGGAUCGUCGCGCUCGCGGCGAUGCGCGUCGUAACGCUCGUGAAGACGACGUUACUGUACGUCGUCUACGCGGUCGUCGCGUUGGUGGCGCUUCCGAAGCUCACGGGCGCGCCGUUACACGCGGUGGUGAUCGGCCUCGGCGUCCUCGCCUACGGAUUGAAACUCCAGCCGGGGAUUCAGGCGAGCCUGAUGUCGCUGAUGAACGUGCUGAUGCCCCCGACGCGGCAGCGGAAGGCGCAGCUCAGCGUCCUGAAGCGGCUCGACGCGCUCGAGGCGAAGGCGAAGGACGAAGUCGCGGCGUCGGACGACGACGACGACGACGACGACGACGCGUGA